AUGAGGGUAUUGAAAAUCGACGAGUCUGCAAUACGUUUAAAGGAUCUCCCAGCGCCAUUGAGGGUUGCAAUCGCAUACAUGCCGCUGUACAGAGAGUGUGUGAAGGCGGGUGGAAGGUUACUCACACAAAAGCUAAGAGGACAGCUCGUAGAAGCUGCAAAACAGCUUCAAGGUUUUGACAAGAAGUAA